UUUUAUGUUUGUCAUCAUAGAGAACUUCCUUUCACCUCACCUUUAGAGUUUAGCAAUUUCAGAGAACAGUCCUGGUGAGAACGGAAGAAGAUAUAUUCUCCUCUUCAGGCCUGAGGUGACGAUGCCGCCCACAUCUCUCAGUCCUUUUGAGCUGCCCUUCUAUUUUUACAAUGAUGCUGAGAACCAGCAAAAAAGAUGUGAACUGAUGAGGAGAAAGGAUCGGAUGAGUGAAGCUAUUAAAGAAACCAAGAAAUCAUUAAAUUUAAUUCGUGAAAAAAAGGCUUCCCUUGAAAAUGAGGUCAAAGACACAACAGAGAAAGAGAUUUCUUUCAGAAAUGAGCUGAAACACAAAGGCCUAAAAAUAGAACACCAGUUAUCAAUUAAAGAAAUUGCAGAACAUCUAAAACAGAAGAACUUAGAGGUUGAAAAAAUAGAGAAAAGUAUCAGAGUUUGUUCCAUUCCUAACCAAUUCAGUGGGCCGGAUAUUCUUGGAAUGGUGAUUAGGGAGAUUUAAAAGCAGUAUUCCUUUUGAGGUCUGUGUCUAUAUGCGUUGUCUUGCUGGCUGCAGGUUGGCCACUUGGCUUUUGUUGCUGAUGAUGAUGCUGCAAGGGUUAUCUCCU